UUUUAAAUACUGACUUAUCGAUUGGCUUAAGCUUUCGAUACAUCGAUACAGUUAUGAGUCGUCGAUUGACCCAGCUUUGGCAGAUGAUAAAUGCAAACAUUUUGUGUUUUGAGUGGAUUAACCGUUUAAUAGACGCUUUUACGCUUUAAAUUUUGCGCAGGAACGGCCCGCCGAAAGCAUGGCAAACGAUUGCCCGACCGUUGUGGCCCGGUUACCGGUAAGCAGCGAGCAGAUAAAGUUCCACGACUGGGACAUCAGCUACGAGAAGUCGCACAUCCUGAAGAGCAUCUGCAAGCUGGGCAUCGACCAGAGCUGCCCCAAGGAUGACGCCAAUCGCUGUGAUCUCUGCCACUACCAGCACUCGCUGGAGCUGCCCCACCUGCCCGACAUGGUGUUCUACAAGAACAAGCUAGUGCUGAGGCACAAGGACGGCGCCCUGAUCGAGUUCAAGCCCAUGGACUCACUCACUAUGGUCUCGAACGGCAAGCAGCCACUGGAAGUGGCCUGCGCCCAAGAGUGGCGCGAAACCAGACCCGAGCAGACCACGGAGGAGAAAUUCAAACCCUUUGACUGGACAUUUACAUCCACCUACCAGGGCACCAUGAACGACAAAGUGCGAGCCGAGAGCACAGACCAGACGCUCAACAAGUUCAAGCUGAUGCAGCGCGAGAACAUCAUAUUCUACCAGGAUCUCACCCUAUUCGAGGACGAGCUGCAUGACCACGGCAUAUCCGUGAUGAGUGUGCGCAUCCGCGUGAUGCCCUCUGGUUUCUUCAUACUUCUGCGCCACUUCCUCCGCGUGGACGGCGUGCUUAUGCGGAUGCAUGACACCCGUUUUCACCACGAGAUUGAAAACGAUUUCAUCUUGAAGGAGUACAUCUACCGGGAGGCGCCCUGGGCCGAGCUCCUGACCUACACUGCCUUCUGGACCAACCCAGAUGAGAUGCAGAACUACCUGCCCGUAAAAUCCAAGGAAUUGCAAAAGCUAUACUUUAAGUAGUUCGGUUCCCAGGCCCAGGGCCGUUUUCCAAAUUGUAUUCGCAGGACGACCAUGAAAAGCGCAAGCGAUUUAACCAAGAACUUUUGCUAAGUGCGGUUGUUUAUUGCCACCACUGUGCGCAUGCGCAGACAUUAAAAGCGAUUCUCCUACAAGGCACACUA